UUAGAGGGGCGACAACUCUUGUAGCAGUCUUGGCAACAACUAUUCAGUUGAGUUGAUCAUUGUGUGAUUAAUAAUAACCGUACCUAAUAUGCUUACCAUUUAUUCGUAAAUAUGUUAAAUCCAGGGUCUUACCUCGAUCUGGACUGGCUAAGAUCCAGCGAAGGAGCACAGGUUAUGAGCACACUGCUUCGGCGAGACGGAAGACGUCUGAGGCAGUUUGGUCUUCUUGAACGACCACCUCUUCCACCUCAUCUCCAUAUGGAAGAAAUAUCCUACAAGGUGUUGUUGGUAGGAAAGACAGGUGUAGGGAAGACCAGCACUGUCGCUAGUCUGACUGGUGGUGAAGUUCCACAGACGUACAGCGAAACUCCAGGGCUGCAGACAAAUGUUCUUCACUGGCCAGCUCGAAUUCGACAAGUUGGCAGAACAGUUCUUUUUAAAAUUCACUUGCUGGAUGCUGGUGAAACAGUUUUAAAGAGAUAUGACCAUAUAUUACCUGAUUGCCAGAAGGGACUUGAUGGUAUCAUAUUCCUGUUUUCUUAUGUGGACAAGGGUAGUUUUGAUGAAAUUCAGCAUCUUUUAAAUCGUCUUACUCCUAAUGAUGGUAUCAGCAAGGUUGUUCUUGGUACUAAAUAUGACCUGCAUGCUCACAUUGAGGUGACUCAAAGGAACAUUCAAGACUUUGAGAAUAACUGGCACAUCCCUGUCCUAAAGAUAAGGAAUCUUCAUACUUCACAUCAAUGGGACAUAUCUGGAAGUGGAAUAAAUGAAGUUGCUUGCAUCUUGAACACAAUUUGUGAAUACUUAUGGUUUCGAGAUAUCUCAUCACAUAGAAAUCUUUAAUAUUAUGUAAAAUGUAAGAUUUUAUAUUUGAUGCAUACAUCAAGUCUAGCCAUAAAAAUGUCAGCUUAGAGUCUAUUGUCUUUAGAAACUUAAGAUCACUUAAAUUUAAAUGAGGUUUGAAGAAUGUUUUACAGAGGAUUUAUUGAACCAGUGCUAACCUUUGGCUUCCAGGGAGGUGUGUGUGUGAGGGACAAAAAUGUGCUUAACAGGGUAGUAAAUGUUCUGGAAGAGUUGUAAAAUGCUUACAUCUAAAUAAUGUCAGGGAAGGACACCAACUAGCAUGAUUCUGGGUUAAAAUGUUCUUCAAUAGUAAUUACCAUCCAAUGAAUUCAUUAGAUCUGAAACUUACAGUAGCCCCUGUUACCAACAAGUUAUAGGAGCUUUAUUCCUGUGUGACUAUCCUUUUGAGCAAGCUUGACUGGGUCAUGUUUGUGAAUUUGUGGGUGAGUGUUCAAAGUUUUAUUAUUUUUUUUUAGCACUCCAAUAUUAAGUGCUAUGUAGUACACUUCAAUGCAUAAAAAAAAUAAAAUAAGAAAUUAUUUUCUAGAUUUUACUUAGAUUGAACAAUCUACUUAUUGUCCAAAGAGGAGGCAAGGAAAAUGAAAUAACGGCUUUAAAAAAUAGAAAAUAAAGAAGAAUUUAGAGUAAAA